CUUGAUUCCUGGUUUGCACAGUACCUGGGUCCAGCCUGCAGUCCUGAGGUUCAGUUCAGAGCCUGUCAUCUGAACCAUGAGGAUCUGGUGGCUUCUGCUUGCCAUUGGAAUCUGCACAGGGGGCGUAAACUCACAGGACACGUGCAGACAAGGGCACCCUGGCAUCCCUGGGAACCCCGGUCACAAUGGUCUGCCUGGAAGAGAUGGACGAGACGGAGCAAAGGGUGACAAAGGGGACGCAGGAGAACCGGGACAUCCCGGCAGCCCGGGAAAGGAUGGGACGAGUGGAGAGAAGGGAGAACGAGGAGCAGAUGGAAAAGUUGAAGCAAAAGGCAUCAAAGGUGAUCAAGGCUCGAGAGGAUCACCAGGAAAACAUGGGCCGAAGGGGCUUGCAGGCCCCAUGGGAGAGAAAGGCCUCCAAGGAGAGACAGGGCCUCAGGGGCAGAAGGGGAACAAGGGUGACGUGGGUCCCACUGGUCCUGAGGGGCCAAGGGGCAACACUGGACCUUUGGGCCCAACUGGUUUACCAGGCCCCAUGGGCCCUAUUGGAAAGCCUGGACCCAAGGGAGAGGCUGGACCCAUGGGGCCCCAGGGUGAGCCAGGAGUCCGGGGAACAAGAGGCUGGAAAGGGGAUCGAGGCGAGAAAGGGAAAAUCGGGGAGACUCUAGUCUUGCCAAAAAGCGCUUUCACUGUGGGGCUCACUGUGCUGAGCAAGUUUCCUUCUUCAGAUGUGCCCAUUAAAUUUGAUAAGAUCCUGUUUAAUGAAUUCAAUCAUUAUGACAUCACCACGGGGAAGUUCACCUGCCACAUUGCCGGGGUCUAUUACUUCACCUACCACAUCACCGUGUUCUCCAGGAACGUUCAGGUGUCUUUGGUCAAAAAUGGAAUAAAAAUACUACACACCAAAGACGCUUACAUGAGCUCCGAGGACCAGGCCUCGGGCGGCACCGUCCUGCAGCUGAGGCUCGGGGAUGAGGUGUGGCUGCAGGUGACAGGAGGAGAGAGGUUCAAUGGCUUGUUUGCUGAUGAGGAUGAUGACACAACUUUCACAGGGUUCCUUCUGUUCAGCAGCCCGUGACAGAGGAGCGUUUAUAAAUCCGCCACACCAUCCAUCAGCAUCAGCUUGGUGACCAACUUAUUCUGAUGAUUUUACUUUAUUAAUUCCUCCGAUUAUUGCAAGAAUUAUAAACGGAAAAGUUAUUCCUAAAAUUGACUCUGUGUAACUUACUGUCUUUCCAGGAGUAAAUGUUUAAAAUA